UGCUACCGGAAAAUUUACAUAAACAGAUAACUAUCAAAAAUGAAUUGAUUCCGGUACGGUGAGUACUUAUUGACAUAAAAUAAUAAUUAAAUCUAUGAAAAAAGAUUUUAACCAACCAUCAGUAUGUCAACAAGAGAAAUACUGACUCUACAAUUCGGACAUUAUUCUAAUUACAUUGGAACACAUUGGUGGAAUUUACAGGAGAGUAACUUUUCCUAUGAUCCAGCAGAACGAUCUGAAAUAAAUCAUGAUGUUUUAUAUAGAGAAGGUGAAACUUCUUCAAAAAAAGUUACUUUUACACCUCGAUUAUUGUUAGUGGAUUUAAAGGGGUCCUUAGGAUAUUUAAGUAAAGAAGGAUCACUUUAUGAUGAUGAUUGGGAAAAAGAACCAAAUUCUUCGUUUUUAUGGAAUGAAGAACAGGUAGAAACUGUUGAAGAAGAGUCUGCUCCAAAAACUCCAUUUAUCAAAAGUUUAGACGAAAAUCCCAUCAAUCAGUUACAAAACAUAAAAUCAUUUAAUUUGGAAACUGACAUUAAUAGUUGGCCGGAUUAUUUAGUCUCUAGAUUCCAUCCUAGAACUGUCAAUGUCAUAAAAGAAUAUCAACAUCAGAGUUCUGACAAGGCUUUUGACAUUUUUAAUUAUGGGAAAAAUAUAUGGAGAACUAAUUAUUUUUCGACAGAUUUUUGCGAUUCUAUAAGACAAUAUGUGGAAGAAUGUGACUUAAUUCAAGGUUUUCAGGUGUUACUAGAUUCAACCGAUGGAUUUGCAGGUCUUGGUACUUCUUGCAUCGAAUAUUUACGCGACGAAUAUGGAAAGAGUAUUUUAGCAUUCCCGGUAAUCGAAGGAACGCAAAGUAACAUAUCGGCAUCAAGUCUCAUAAAAGCAGUAAAUAUAGCUCUAUGCUGGCAACAGCUUACAGAAAACGCUUCAUUAUUCAGUCCUUUAUGUUGUGGCGAAGAUGGUUGGCCGUCUCCAGGGAAUCCUCGUUCAUUUGACCAUUUAUCGUAUAACAUAGAACUGAAAUAUCAUACCAGCGCACUUCUUGCAACUGCAUUAGAUACUUUAAGUCUUCGAUAUCGUCACAAAAAUUAUACUUGGUCGGCGUUGUCAGAUUUAUGCGCCGAUUUAAAUAAGUUAGGAAGGAAAACUGCAGCGACUAGUUUGAGUUUACCAUUUCCAAUGGUUGCAGAAAAGGAUUUGAUUGAUGUUUUGGAUGACAUGGAGGGUCCUUUAUGGACUAGUCUUACUCCUAGUUGUAGAAUUCAUGAUGAUAAAAGUAUGCAUAGCGUGGCUUUACGUGGAAUUCCUGAAGAUCGUUUAAAAAGACCUCCUAAUGAAGCAAAGGAACAAUUGAAAAAACCAGCAUAUAAAUGCUCUAGUGUUCACGAAAUGAUGACAAUGUACCUGGCAUACUCAUGUCAUGCCUCAGCAUCAUAUUUAACGAAUAUACAAACUCCACUAAAAAUUUCAUUACCUUUUCCACAAAUUUUUAAACAAAAUAUCAAUAAAAAUGGAGAUCUCAUGACAUGGGCUGUUAAAGAAGAUGUUAAGUCGGUUCCAGUCAUGGCUGGACUUCAUAGUGGAAGUGGAAUUAAAAAUAUGUUUGAAACUUUACAUUCUCAGUUAUCAAGAAUAAGAAGUAUUAAAAAAUUUUAUACUUUUGAAGAAUCUGGACUUGAACAAGAUGAGUUUUUUGAAUGUUUAAAUUAUUUGCAAGACAGCAAAGAAGCUUAUGAAGAUAAUUACAUGUAAUAUAUUUAAAAACAUUUUUUUAAUAAACGUAUGUUUAUAUUUUUGUAA